AUGCCUCGAGAACAAGUCGAAUGGUUUACAAAACAACAAUCAUUACAUGAUAAUGAUAAAAUUCAUACACAUCAAUAUUGUACUUACUGUUCAAUUAUUAAUAUUAAUAAAACAAAUAAUCCAUAUUCAAGUUCAUAUGAACAAGAACAAAUAUGGACAUUAGCACGAACAAAAUCAAAUCAUCAUAAACGAUAUCAAUCAUCAAUUGAAAAUAUUCAUUUAACAAUACCAUCUGUAACAAAUAUGAUAAAAUCAUAUUCAUCAAAUACAAAUUAUAAUGAUUAUGAUAAUGAAAAAAUUAAAUUAGAUCGAUCAAUUUCACUUUUACCACCACUUCCACCAUCACGACAAUUAUCAACAAAUCAUUUUAAUCGUAUGAAUACAGAUUUUAAAAUUACUCAACAACAACAAAUUUUAACUAGUAAUUAUUCAAAUUCAAAAGGAAAAUCUAUUAUAAAAAAAUCACAACCAAUAGAAAAUUUAAUGCAUAUUAUGCAUAUUAAUGGAGAAUUCAUUGUACGUAUUUAA